AUGCGUACUCCAACGUUUUUUCUAUUCACGUUGGCGAUUUUGGCCGCUCUUUUGGCUUAUGGUGAUGCUCAACGUCGAAGGUAAAACUUUUUUUCAAAGUAUAAACUGAAAAGAUAAAAGACGUUGGAUUUUUUAAGUGAAAGAUUGAUUACUUUUUUCAGACCUACUUCUGUUGGGAGAGCUCCAAUAGCGACUCGUGAGUCACUUUCUGAUCGGUUUAAGUCAAAAAUAGAAAAAUAAACUAUCUAUCUCAUAAAACUUUUUCGAGAGAAGAAAUUUUCAAAGGAAAGGAGAUACCAGAGAAACAUCGAUAUAAAUUGAACCCAUUUUAUUUUUAGAAUCUCUAUUCUUUAAAAUUACCAAUAUUUGAACAAUUUCACAUUUGAAACGAGUGUGGCAUACGUAGAAUAAUCUAGCCGGAGUUAUAAAGAGGAAAUGUGAGAGAAGUGAGAACGAAGCUCUGCUUUUCAAGAAGUCGCGGAACUGAACUCUCAAUUUGAAAGAAACAGUUCAGCGUGCUUGGAAUUUUCGGACCAAGCUGAAUAAAGUUUAAAUGUGGCAGGCCUACGAUCCCCAUUGACGUCUUCGACUCGUCGCAAUCCUCUGCUUCUGCAUCGUCGACGUCUUCCGUUUGCGAAAAGCAGGAGAGGACCCGUUGGACCAAGUUCUGUACGUCGAAUUGUGCACGUCGUCCAUGACGGACCUCCUGGACAAAUCCCGCCGCCCGGAAUCGCCAAGAAACUCAACGAGGCGAUCGACUUCCGAGCCUUAGCCCGAAAACUGUUACGAAGAAGCCGUAAUAUUUGA